AGCGAUUAGGAUUCUAGAACGAAACUAUAAUCUGAUGCGAUUUCCCUCCUCCGACAUCGACUACCUUAAGAGUUCUUGCAUGGGGUUGUUUGACCUGAUUCACUAUGUUACAGCGAUUCUCCAGCUUAUUUGAUAAUAUUCUUUUAUUGGGACAGGUGUGUGGACAGGCCUGUCUGGGUCAAUGGUGUUACGUCUCACAUUGCUGUGUGUGUUUUUCCCUGUUACCUUUCCUUUUUCGUCUUAUAUAUUCUGUGUUGUGGCUGUGGCUGAGGAAUGCAGGAUAUGGCGAAAAUUUGAUAAUAUCUGAAACAUAUACGAGUGCAUCAAAUGCGCAUCUAUAAAUAACUGCCAGCACAUCCCACUCGAUCAAAAGUACCAAGCGACAAUUGUUCCAGCCUUGUAACAUAAUAAAUUUAAUAGGUAAUCAUAACUCAAUAACCACACCAGAAAGAAUGUAUACAAAUCCC